GGGUCUGCUCUACAUUUGCUGCUAGUCCCACUCUGACCCCACCUCAAUCCCCUCCUAACCCAUUAGUCUCUGUGAUGCAUGUGAUGAGCUGCAUCCCUUUUGGCAGAGAGGGGGAGAGCUACAGAGAGGUGGACGAUGAUGUAACCAUGCCAGUGCCUUCUUCUGACUCCAAAAGUGCCCGUCUCAAUGCUCCUCCACCUCCUCCCCCACCACCUCCACCUCCACCUCCUUCACCAGGCAUGGGAAAGCCUGAGUUAGGACUGAAACCGAAAAGGAGAGUAAGGAGUUUCUAUUGGAAACCAAUCUCAGAGGAGAGAGUGCGGGAACGGGGCAAGCCCAAUCUGUGGACCCUGGGCCAAACUGCUGGCCAACAGCAGUUCCAGAUCGAUGUCCGGACCAUUGAAGAACUCUUUGGCCAGGGAGAUGAGACACAGUCACCUGUAGGAACUGUUGCCAAGAUCAGCAGAGGAGGGAGGGGCUCUAUCAAAGAAACCAAAGAGGAAAUCACCAUCCUGGAUGCUAAGAGAAGCAUGAAUGUGGGCAUUUUCCUCAAGCAGUUUAAAAAGCCAAAUCAUUCCAUUGUUGAGGACAUUCGCUAUGGCAACAGUGAGUUGUAUGGGCCAGAGUCUCUCAGGGAACUGCUGAAACUCUUACCAGAAUCAGAGGAGCUGAAGAAGCUACAGGCUUAUAAAGGAGAUCCUUCAAGAUUAGCUCUUGCUGAUUCCUUCAUGUUUCAGCUCACCCAGGUGCCCAGUUUUGAGAUUCGGAUCGAGGCCAUGCUUCUGAAGGAGGAAUUCCUGUCGUCGUGCUCAACCAUAAACAAUGACAUUGAUGUCAUCCAGGCGGCCACUAAAGAGCUGAUGAACUGUAAGGAGCUACAUGCUGUCCUACACUUGGUGCUGCAGGCAGGAAACAUCAUUAAUGCAGGUGGAUAUGCAGGGACUGCUGUGGGCUUUAAACUCUCCUCUUUGCUCUCACUGGCUGACACCAAGGCCAACAAACCAGGCAUGAACCUGCUCCACUUUGUGGCUCUGGAAGCUCAAAAGAAGGACAAGCACUUGCUGUCAUUUCCUGAGAAGCUUCAGCAUGUCCAGACGGCAGCAAGGAUCUCAGUGGAAAACCUUGAGUUGGACUGUGAAUCUCUGUGCUCCAGGAUUCAGUCUGUCGAAAAGAAGAUAGAGAAAGACACUGAUCUACAAAAGCAGUUCAGCCAGUUCUUACAGAGUUCAAUGAAAGCCUUGGGCAAUAUGAAAAAGCGUAGACAGGAGUUACGGAAAGAAGGAAAUGCUCUCAUUGAUUUCUUCUGUGAAGACAAAGAGACUUUCAAAUUAGACGAGUGCUUCCGCAUCUUCCAGGACUUCUGUGUCAAGUUCAGGAAAGCCGUAAAGGACAAUGUGGAGCGGGAACAGAAGGAGGCAGCUAAGCACAAGCGUCUGAAAGAGCUGGAGGAAAAACGCCACUCGUGGUCUGGAGGGGAAGAUCAGAGCGGAGUGUUUGGCUUACGCUCCAGCAGUGAAACAGAUGUGGAGGGGGCCCUAGCAAGGGAAGGGCUUUAUGAUCUCCUCAAACCCUGUCCACUCAGCCCCCAGAGUCCUCUGGGGCGUUUUGGAAGCCUCCGGCGCUCCCGCCAAAGCUCCACAAACGUGGACCGUGACCUGCAGAGCUACCUGGAAAUGAACAACGACCUCAGCAGAACCGACCCCGCCAAGCCCCAUGUUUUCUCCUCCUCGGUGAAAAAAAGGACUGCAAUGUUUGACAGCCCUCCCUCUGAGCUGACGCUCACACGUCAGCGCUCCCCCGUCAUACGCACAUACUCCCCCACACACAGCCCAUUGUCCAACAACAAAAAUGACAUUAACAAUACCUAUAAAGAACAGUAUGACAACAAUAACUCAAAGACUGUGUCUGUGGACACUAGGGAUUCCAAUAAAAAUGUCAUUGACAAUAAGCUGGACAAAAGUAUCACCUCAGACUCAUUUGCACAUCUUCCCUCCACACAGAUGAAUGUGAAUGUGGAGAGACACACCCUUGUACCUGGUCUCCAAACCUUUGACCUUGUUAGUGCACCUCACGGUCAACAUGACAAUGAUGAGGAGUGUAACCAUGACAACGUAUAUAUAGCAAAACAGUUUCAAGUUGUGGAUCUAGAGGUGGUGAAGGAGAAUGCUAGAACACCAACUUCAGGUACUUGUUCAGGUAUCACAUGCACUGACGAAUGGAAAGAGGGCACAAAUGGAGAUUUGUGCUCUACACAAAAGGAAAACGAGGAAAGCGGAAACGUUUCCGGUGCUUUGACUCCUGACCCUACAUUGCCGGUGGAUACAGGAGUGAGCCUCGCAAAUGAGUCAGAGGAGAGUCAGACAGAGUGUACCUCCGCUAGUCAACUGAGCGAGCAAAUGUCAGCAUCAGCCCUGAUUCAUGAAACCUCAGAAAAUGCACCCUCCACUGAAGACUCAGACCCUGCCGAGUUAUCGCCACUUAAAUCUAAUGAGGCACCAGAGUCAAAAUCUACCAGUGAGGCGUCAGGUCCAGGAUCCACCAGUGAUGAUUCAAAGGGCAAGACUGAUGGUGAAGUCUCAAGAUCUGUGCCAAGCACUGUCUCUCUGGAUGAGAACAGAGAGAAUGCAGCAGCAAACUCUGUUGGAAAAGCCCCCAGCAAAGCUUCAACCUCCAAACCCAAUCCGAAACCGACCACCUCCCCUAAAAUGACAAGCCCUCACCAGGUCCGCACCCUUACCCCGUCUGAAAAACAGGACAUGCGCAGGGUGGUUCCCAUCACCCGCCUCAGUCGCUCUGGAAGCUCUGCCAAAAAUACAGACAAAUCUACCACAGACCAUCAAACCCCCCCCACCUCACACAACUCCAACUUUCAGCGUGAACCUCACAGAACAAGCCUCCGUGGCAGCGCCCAACACGCCCAGGUUGACCAAAAGCCAUCUGCACGUAAGCCAAGUGCCAAAGCGGUGCGGAGCGCAACACCCAAACCCCCCCCAGAGGAGAAAAUAUGCCGUUCCACCAUGCGCGCGCUGGCAAAAGCAGCUUCUGAGGCCCAACAGAAGCUCGCAGAGCGGAGCGUUUCUCAAACCGCCGACACCAGCCCCGCGUCCUCUCUCUCCCACCUCCCCGGCUUCGCCCGCAACACAGUCUCCUCCACCACACGCCUCGCCAAGCAGCGGGUUGCCCCCGGCAGCGCCCCCGUUACCGCAGCCACUUCGCCAAAAGCCUCUCCGUUCCAGCGGACCGCCUCGCUCAGACAAUCUCGAAACCGAGUGACCCCGGAGUCAGGCUCAGAGUCCUCUCAGGGCACGUUAAACAGAACAGGGGUCAAACCCUACGGCAAUGCUUUGUCCCCCGUCAUGCAUAACCUUAGGAAAAACAGCGGCAGUUUAUCCGACAAGUCGGGCUAUUCCCGAGACUCGCAACAUGACAAGCCUCUCAAACCUAUCUGGAGGUAG